CCCCAAAUUUCCACUUGACAUUUUUUUCUUCCACUCGCCAAUUUUCACCGAGUGUUCGAUGCUUUUUGCCAACCCACUAGGGCCUACCCGUGCCAACCCCCUACCCCAAAUUGUACUCUCCUUCUACGGAUUUCCACAUCUCAUCUGUUUGGAUACAGAGGAGACUGAUCCCACUGCAUAUGGAGGACCCUUAGAUCUCUCAAAAUCACAGGAUGGGAUUGCUGCCUUGGUUUUGGGUUUUUUAGAGGAGACUGAUCCCACUGCAUAUGGAGGACCAUUAGAUCUCUCAAAAUCACAGGGUGUGAUUCCUGCCUUGGUUUUUGGUUUUUCAGGAUUUUCAUAUCUCAUCUGUUUGGAUACAGAGGACAAUGAUCCCACUGCAUAUGGAGGACCCUUAGAUUUCUCAAAAUCACAGGAUGGGAUUCUUGCCUUGGUUUUUGGGUUUUCAAGUUUGGAUACAGAGGAGACAGAUCCCACUGCAUUUGGAGGACCCUUAGACUUCUCAAAAUCACAGGAUGGGAUUCCUGCCUUGGCUUUGGGUUUUUCAGGUAAGUUCUCAACAAUUCCUCGCAGAAUUGGAGCUGUCCCAAUAUAACUUUUGGAUAGAAAGUUAGAAAAAAAAGGGAGAAAAAGAAAAAGAAGAGUAGAGAGAGAGAGAGAGAGAAGAAGAUAAAAUAAUGUUAAUGAAAUUAAUAUUUUUUC